AUGGAUAGACCGGACUCUCAUAUCAACUAUAAUGAUGCUAUAGAUUAUUGGAGUGCCACUCCCGCCACAGUGGAUGGUGUUCUAGGCGGUUAUGGAGAGGGUACAACCGUGCCAGUACUCGACGUGCUUGGCUCAAACCAUUUUUUACGUAAGCUUAAAUCUCGAAUGGUCCCAGCGGAAGGAUGUAAGCGCUAUGGUGUGGAUAUUGGAGCAGGUAUAGGUCGUGUGACUCGCGACAUGCUACACAAACACUGCGAUAUAGUUGAUCUUGUUGAGCCUGUGGCACCAUUUGUGGAGCAGAUGCAUGUGGAGUUGGCGGACUUGAAGAAAGAAGGACAUGUCGGCGAAAUCUACGAAGUUGGAAUGCAAGACUGGACUCCAGAGCCCAAGAAGUACUGGCUAAUCUGGUGCCAGUGGUGUGUUGGCCAUCUACCUGACGAUGAGCUUGUGGCCUUUUUCCAACGGUGCAAGAGCGGUCUACAGUCUAACGGCACCAUUGUGAUCAAGGAAAACAACACGAUCACUGGAUCUGACGAUUUUGACCCACAAGAUUCUUCUGUGACACGCUCCGACGAAACUUUCAAGAGUAUUUUCGAACGCGCGGGCCUCAAGCUAAUCGCUUCCGAGCGCCAGAAAGGCCUUCCAAAAGAGCUUUACCCUGUGCGUAUGUAUGCACUUAAACCUAUAGACUAG